AUGGGUGACGUCGGCAUCGUGGUGGACCCUGCAAUCAGCCCAGCAUCACCGCCAAUAUCACAAUCGAUAAACGUCCUCGUGACGGGCUUCGGACCAUUUAGAAGCUUUGAUGUCAAUGCGUCAUUCUUGAUCGCACAGUCGCUUCCAUCUGCAUUCACGUUACCACCCAAGGAGCCUGUAUCAGUACCUGGAACGGCGAUUCCUGCUCCGCGCGAAGUGCGCAUAUAUGUUCACCCAGAGCCGAUCAAAGUCUCCUAUGCCACCAUUCGCUCGCAGAUGCCCGAUAUCCUAGAUGGAUUUUCCCGAACACAUAAUGGCUUACGACCCGAUCUGAUCGUGCAUAUUGGGAUUGCGUCGACGCGCAGAUAUUAUUCUGUAGAGUCGCAAGCGCAUCGAGAUAAUUAUCGAAUACCGGACGUAGAUGGAAGAUCAGGAUAUCAUGAUGGCGAGAAGAUAUGGAGAGAAAAGGGACUCUCCCCAAUAUUAGUGCCCGGUCCUGCAGAGUUAUCAGGCGGUGGCAAUCGUCACAAUACAUCUACUGUUCAGACAUCAGGGCUGAAAAUCACCCCGUACCCGACCAACGAUCAUUUUCUGCAAGUUUGGAAGUCUUUUUCACCGGCAAACACGGAUCUGCGUGUUUCAAAUGAUGCCGGGCACUAUGCAUGCGAUUUUAUAUUCUAUACAAGUCUGGCCCUGGCUCUCGAGGAGGGUCGGGACCGAUCGAUAGUGUUUUAUCACGUCCCUGUUGCGACAGACCUUGAAAGUCUAGAUCUGGGGACGAAGGUGGCUGUUGCUUUAAUCAAGUCCGUGGUCAAAUGUUGGGUCGAUGGUGAAUGA